CUAGGUAGCAGGGCCACGUUGCCAGCGUUGUUGUUUUGGAAAGUCAGACGGUCCACUCAGGGGCACCUUCCCUAUAGUAGUAGAAUGAGUGUGGGCUUCAUAGGUGCGGGCCAGCUGGCCCACGCUCUGGUGAGAGGUUUCACAGCUGCAGGCGUGAUUGCCACCCACAAAAUAACAGCCAGUUCCCCAGACACAGAUCUCCCCACAGUACAGGGACUCCGGAAACUGGGUGUGAAUUUCACUACCAGCAACAAAGAAACAGUGAGCAAGAGUGAUGUGCUCUUCCUGGCUGUGAAGCCCCACAUUAUUCCUUUUGUGCUUGAUGAGAUUGGAUCAGACAUAGAAGAUCGUCAUCUUAUUGUGUCCUGUGCUGCAGGUGUCACCAUCAGCUCCAUAGAGAAGAAGCUGCAGCAGUAUCGCACAACCCCAAAGGUAAUGCGCUGCAUGACCAACACUCCAGUAGUGGUGCGUGAAGGCGCCACCGUGUACGCCACAGGCACCCAUGCAGAGGUGGAGGAUGGAAAGCUUCUGGAGCAGCUGAUGGCAAGUGUAGGAUACUGCACUGAGGUGGAAGAGGACCUGAUUGACGCCGUUACAGGCCUGAGUGGCAGUGGUCCUGCUUAUGCGUUCACAGCUGUAGAUGCACUUGCUGAUGGUGGAGUGAAAAUGGGCCUGCCCAGGAGGCUGGCUGUACGCCUCGGAGCCCAGGCCCUGCUGGGGGCAGCUCGAAUGUUGUUAGACUCAGAGCAGCACCCUGGGCAGCUCAAGGACAAUGUGUGCUCACCAGGGGGCGCCACCAUUCAUGCCCUUCAUGUCAUGGAGAGUGGUGGCUUUCGCAGCCUCCUCAUCAAUGCCGUAGAGGCCUCCUGUGUUCGUACGAGGGAACUUCAGUUUUUGGCCGACCAAGAGAAAAUCUCCUCAGCUGCUAUAAAGAAGACAACUCUGGACAAAGUGCUGCAGCAGCCAGGAGUGACAGUGGACGCCGUUGGUGGUAGAACUCGUGGGAUCAGUGUCUUCAACAACAGCAAUCCAAAAACGAAAAAGGACUGAUCCUUUUUCAUCACGCUGGGAAACAAUGCAUUGCAAUGCAACUUGUCAGAUCGCUAAGGAUGCUGUACAUCCUGUUAACAAACCACUACUGCCUGAUGAUUGUUGAAAGAUGAGACAACCUAGUGGAUUGCCAUCUAUAAAAAAAAUGUGAUGGAACCUAACCUCAGGAAAAACUGUAUAAGCAAUGUUUUAUUAAAUGCCUCUCCUUUCUUC